UCAAAUUUAACCGGGUUAGCAUAUCGGACCGCGUCGUGUACGGGACUCACGUACCUUUUAAAAAUUCCUCUUUUUCCAUCGUCUCUUUAACGUAAUUAAAUCCAAAAAUCGAUCUCCGAUUUUUCUGAAAUUAUUUCUUACCACUUAGAUCCAACCUUCAAUUCUUUCAAUUCGCGUCAUCCUCUUUCGAUUGGUACCUUUUUUAAUACCAGCCGUUAUUAUAAAAUUUUCUAGGGUUAGGGUUUCUCAUCUGGACCUCUAAUCUCUCGAUCCUUUAUGUUUUUUAAAUCGGUUUCGUCUUUACAGUAAUUUCCCCAUAAAAUUUAAGUCCAAUUUUGUUGAUUGUUGUAAUUACGUUUGGGUUUAGGAUUUCGAAGUCUUCGAUCUAUUUCCGGUUUGCUCGAAUCUGUUAAUAAGUUUAGGGGUUUUGCUCGUUUCAUUACUGGGUCUCUGUAUCUUCCCUGUUUUGCCCGUAAUUUUCCGGUUUUAUUGGUGAUCUCAAAAUCUAGGGUUAGGGUUUUUCCCAAUUUUUUUUGGACUCUCUAUUCGGUGAAAUUGAUUUAGGGGUUCGUCUCCACGCAUCAAUAAAUCAUCUUUGGUGCAUAAUAAGUGUCGUUUACGAUCAAUUUGCCCUAUUCUGCUUUGAAGUUUGAAUACAACUUAUUGUAAAGGCUUAAAUGGGAUUUAAACGGCCUUUUGAUGAUGAAGAGUUUCAGGAUCUUCCUUUUAAGCAGGCAAGACAGGUGGAAUGUUGCAAUAAGUUGACUCAAUUGUCAGAAACUGGUGCACAUUGUAAUGUGCCUAAGAAACCUGAUGUUGCAGAUGGCUAUGGGAGCAACUUUUUCAAAAUUCAGUGGCAUGAGACAUUUGAGAAUGACUUAAUUGAAGUUUCAAAUUUUGCUAAAGAUUCUGACUCCAGUGAUCCUUUGUCGUUAGUCACCAGCAGUUCCAGUGAUGAAGAUUUUGGGUCCUGGCCAGCAUCUUACUCUUCUCUUUCUUCUGAAUAUUUUGAGGCUGAGUUUCCACAGAAAACAUCCAUACAUCUGGCAGAUGUCUACUCAUCCUAUUUGGAUGAAUUUCCUAGGAAACAAGUUCCUCUUGGACCAAAUCACCAAGCCAGCAUUCCAUUGUGGGACAGGCAUAUGAAGAAGGAUAAGCUAGCAAACUCAUUCAAUACAAAUGGUUCCUCGUUGUCUGAAUCAGACCAUCACAUUUAUAAUGAUAAUGAAGAGAAGUUGGUGGGAACUUGUAUCAUUCCAAUGCCGGAUACAAAACCAUGUCUGUCCACUAGGUAUGAGGCUGCUUGUGGCAGAAUUGAUUGUGAGUGCCUGGAUGAAGGCUCUGUCAGAUGUGCGCGGCAGCACAUACUGGAAGCACGGGAAGAAUUAUUAAAAUCUACUGGGCAUGAAAAUUUUGUAAACUUGGGGUUUUAUGACAUGGGAGAGGAGGUGUCUUGUAAAUGGGCCAAGGAAGAGGAACGGGUUUUCCAUGAAGUUGUUUAUUCCAGGCCAGAGUCCUUGGGCCAGAAUUUUUGGAAGCACUUGGCACAAGUGUUUCCUGAUAGAACCACAAAGGAAAUUGUCAGCUAUUACUUCAAUGUCUUUAUGCUUCGGAAGCGAGCUGCUCAGAACAGAUCUAACCUGCUGGACAUUGACAGUGAUGACGAUGAAUUGCCUCGGAUCAAUAGAGGCUCCUAUAUUCAAGUUUUAGAAGAAGAUGCAGAUUCUGAUCUCGAGUCCCCUGUUGAUCAAUAUGAUCAUGCAGACAUGGGAGGCGAUAUUCUUGAAGAUGACAUCAAUGAUGACAGUGAUGAUGAUGCUGGUGGUGCUUCUGAUGAGGUGGGAGAUGGUAGUGGAGACACCACAGGAGAAGAUUCUGGGAUAGAUUAUGCCUCAGAAACACUUGAUAUGAACAGUAUAGAUCCUGCUAUUAAGCAUAUGGACGAUAAUGCUGGUCAAGAUGGGUUGGAUUUCAUUGUUCAAGAUGACUCUUGCAUGUCUUUUGAGUUCCAAGCUGAUAAAGUUGACUCUUGUGGUCCAGUUGAGACCAGGGGUGCUCUGCAUAUAAAUAGAAGUGACUAUAGCAAAUGCUUGCCCAGUAAAGUAGAUGGACGUGGUGAUGAUGUGGAUCAGGUAUACUUGUUGGACCUCUGUGAUGCUAAAGAUUGGGAUGCCCGUUACUUUAGUCCAAUCAGGGGUGUUGAUCUUCUUCCUACAAGUAACAUCAUUGAAGAGAUUUUUGGACAAGGAACCUGUGACAACCAGACAAGAGAUGCCAAUGGCAUCAGCUAGUGCCUCCCUCAGUUUCCUGGCAUUUUAGCGUACAAAAUGUGCAUUCACUGCAGAGACCAGGAUCCUGGUGUCUUUCUUUGUAAGAAUGUUUUUCAAGAUUCUUACUUUCUAGAAGGUAGGAGUUUUCCCCCAAAUAGGGUAUAAGAAGAAAUUCAAAAAAAAAGGAAAUUUUUUUUGUUUUUGGUCUUGCUUAAUGUACAUUCAUAGUCAACCUUUCUCAAUGGAAUCGUUGUGAUUAAUGGAUCACAUUAGUCAUUA